AUGGUAGAGAAGAGGCUGUUUAUUGGGAAUUUGAAGCACGGUGUCGAGGAGUGUCUUGCGGACUUGGAGCAACGGUUCAAAGCGUUUGGUGAGUAUGUUGGUUCCGGCCAGGAUGUGUUUGAGAGGCACAAUGGGUUUGCGUUUGUGACCAUGCGGUUCGAGGAUGCAGAGGCGCUGCAGCGGUUGAAGAGCCGGUUCCACAAGGUUAAGUUCAAAGGGAACCAGCUGAUUGUGGACUAUGCCAGGCCUGCGUGGUCGCAGGAGCGGGAGUCCCAGCAACGUGAGGAGCAGAAGCAGUCACGGGUCCUGGAGAAACGCCAGCGUAAGAACGACUGGGAGCACUACAAGAAGAUGGAGCACAUCAACGCGAGUUGGAGAGACUUGAAAGAAGUCGUGCCGGGGCGGAUGAGAGAGUCCCCCAGGAGCAGACAGGGACUGCGAAACAUCACCUUCAGGCUGAACGUAGGCGGGGCUUUGAAAGUGUAUAAGUGCUACAAGACUAAGCUGUGGGGCUACGAGCGGGACAAAGACACAAGAGACCUGGUACACAAAUUCUCUAACCACAGGUUCUGGAAGGACGGCUCUGACCACGUUGUCGAAAGACUGGACUAUAGCCGUAGUCGCGGGGCUCUAAGGUGGGCCAACAUGGAUGAAGAAUGGAGACCAUACCUCGAGCUGCGGAACAGAAGGCGGCCCGCAACUGCUGCUGGCUUGGCUGGUGAAGCACUUGACUCAUCUGGAUCUACGCUAGCUACCUCGACAGUAGAUGAUCUAGUGGACGCUGACGAGUCUGAUAUAGAGCAAGAGAAGGAACGUACGAACAAUAUAUUAGCCCAGAUGAUGGACUCAUUCGAUUUUGCCAAACCCAUGGCGUUAGACGACGAAGACGCUGGAAAGUUGCUUGAUGCAGAGCAGAAUCGUUCUUCUGCUAAAGAUAAUAGGAAUUAUAAGAGUGAAACCGCACCAGAAAAUGCAGACUACUAUCAGGAAGAAGAAACAGUAGCAGAAGAAGCAGCCCAGGCAGACGGGGAUGACAGUGAAGAAUUUAUCCCUACUUUUGGCGCCAGUACUUCUAACAAUGACAAUGAUCAAGACACACGGAAAGUGAUUGAAGGAACUAUAAGUAACACUGACACUCUAAGGACGCUGUUCAACCCUGAGGUCACCGGUGAGGCAUCGGGAACAGAGGCUGCUGGUGCCACAUUCAAACUGAUUAACGAUGGUGACCAAGAUAUUGACCAGAGCAAGAACCCUGAAUUAGCAGUAGAGGAUGUCCAAGUACAAGAAGAAGUUCCAGUAGCCGAAACCCAUACUAAACAACGUCGUAACCUGUUCUUCCCUCAUUUCGAGUCGCCUUUCUUGCAAGGUCAAACUCAAUUGAGCAAGAUACAGGCUGGUCAACAGGCGGAUUUACUCCAGACGUGGAGUGACGAUUUCUGGGCCAACCGUGGUCUAUGGAUGAAGGAGAUGAAACAGAAGAAGAGAGACGCACUAAGGAAACUUCGCAAGAGGAAAGGAGGCGAUCACAAUGUUUUUCUUUUAUAG